GUGCCUGAAGGAAGCCUACGUCACGCAAAUGGCGGACGGUGUAAACAGAGCCAGCAGCUUCUCGGAAGCUAAAGUGAAACAUCUGUUUUAAAGAUGAAUAGCAUAGAAAGUGAGCGGUUGGACAGUCUGGAUGGCUGGGUUGCCAUUAAAAGUAACAUAUUUGAAGAAACCGAGACGUUUAAGCUGGGCUUCAUCGUACAGUGGAAUGUCAUCGAGUCUAAGUUCGCUGUCACCUGCCACAACCGGACGUUGCAACGGCAGAAACGCAGGGGCGAAGUUGCCGUCCUGGGCGACCCUCAAAUGAGCUGGGCCGGACUCUUCUCCGUGAACGAUUUGAAACACAUCCAUCAGCAGUUUACAUGCGUGGCGGAUAUCCUGGGAACUUGCUUCCCGGAUCUGUCGGAGUUCGAAGACGGCAACAUUUGGGACUUGCUCUUCCUGCAACGGAGGUCAGGUCCCCAAGACGACGACGAGAGGGAUUAUGAUACACCGUGUAGAAAACUCGAAAAAUACUUCAGCACGGCUAUUGACCUCUGCGGACGUAAGAUCGUCCUGGACACAUUAUUCACCCAGGAUGAGCGGGACGUUGAGGAGUACUUUGAAAAUCUACAGGAGUUCAAAAAGAAGACCAUGCAGCAGGAGAUGUCAAGGGCCAAAGGUCACCUGCGACAGGUACUGCGGCGUCAUAGCAACGCAGACCGCAUGGUUGUGCUACUCAACAUCUACGAGGAGGAGGACGAGGCCUACAAGGACCUGGUCACUGUGGCCACCACCUUCUUCCACUAUCUGCUCCAGCCCUUCAGAGACAUGAGAGAGCUGGCCUGCCUGUACAAGAUGGAGAUCCUGAAGUCUUUGGAGUUUGAGGAUUUGGGUCCUAAGAGAAUUGCAGCUCUUGAGAAGGAGGCGGAGGAGUGGAGAAUGAAAGCAGAAGAUGCAGUCGCCUCAAUUCAGGACAUCACUGUCACCUACUUUGCACAGACUUCAAAGGCUCUGGCUGGUAUGUUGAAGCAGAUGGAGGAGGACAAGUGUCGUUUUGGAGCUGCAGCCUGGGCGUCCGCAGCUCCCAGACUGGAGAAACUACGCUUCCUUUUGGCCAAAGAAACCCUGCAGCACAUGAGAACUACAGAGAUGUGCCUCAGCCGCAAGAAAGACGCCAUCAGAGAAAGGUUGGGCAGUCUGUCUGGCAGAGUCACGAGCCACAGAACUGAUACGAGGUCUGCGUCUGAGGACGGCCAGCAGGAGGACACAGUGGACCAGCUGGAGCUGCAGUUCUACGAAACCCAGCUUGAACUGUACGACGCCAAGUUUGAGAUCCUGAAGAAUGAGGAGCAGCUGCUGGUGGCUCAGAUAGAAACUCUGCGACGGCAGAUUAAAGAACUGAAGGAGGAGGUGGUGUACUAUGACGUGUGCGAGGACCUGGAGGAGCUGCAGAGUAUGGUCCACGCAAGUAUUCAACAAGCGGACUCUCCAGCUGUCAAUCAGCUCAAACGACGACUACAGACCUUGGAGGCCAAGAGAGGCAACAUCUGUGCCCGGCGAGCUUAUCUCCGCAACAAAAAGGAUCAGUGCAUCGAGGCCCAGCAGCAGAAGCAGGAGCAAGACAAGCAGAGCUCCAUAAUCUUCAACCAGCAUCAUCAGGUCCACCUGAAACGAGAGAAGAAGAAAGAGGAGGAGCAGAGGAGGAAAGAGUGGGUGGACCAGGAGCGAGAGAAGACUCUGAAUAGAUUAAGAUCCUUCAGGGAGAAGCGUCAGGGCCAGUACAUCCUGAAGACUCCUCAGUCCAGGAAGUCUCCUUCAGAGGUGUCGUGUCCCUCCCAGCCGCUGUCCAUCAUCAGCCUCGGCCCUUCUUCCACCUCUGAAGGACCCUCCUCCAUCCGUCCUGCACCCAGACGCAACAAAGCACCCAAGAAACAGCAGCCAAAAGACAUUCCGGUCCAAAUCUUCUCUGGACCGCCACCUCCAGCCUGUCCUACUGCUCCUCCUGCUCCCCCUCCUCCUCCUCCACCACCACCUCCUCCCCCGCCCCCUCCGCUGCCCCCAGCCAUACCUCCCCCGUCUGUCCGAGCAUCGCCUUCUUCUGACGACACGCCAAUGCCUCUCAGUGAAAAAGCUGACCCUCCUUUUCCAGCCAGGAACAUGCUCAAACAAAAUAUUGGAACGAUGGAUGAAGUGUUGGCCUCAUUGCAGCGCGGACAGAUUCGGCUUCGAAAGGUCCCCGUCAGGACAGAGUCCCCUGCUGUGGACCUGAGGAGCGAUCUGAUGUCUGCCAUCCGACAGGGAGUCACCCUGAAGAAGAUGGUUCCCGCCCGAGCAGAAGUCCCGAACAGUGGAGACAGCGAGCUGGAGCGCAGCAUCAAGGCAGCCAUGAUGAGGAUGAAGAAGGUGGCGGCCGACUCUGACGAGGAGGAGGACGGUGGGGACGACGGGACACAGAGUGCAGACUGGGACAGCUGAGCGCGCACACACACACACACACACACACACACUCUUACCAGUGCCGCUAUUCUCCUACAGUACCGCUGCUCUGCUUCCUUUAUGGUUCUGAGCUACACCUUACGUUGCUGCUUAACUUUAACCAAAAAGCUUCAUCUUUGACAAGAGUGGGAUUACACCUCUUCUGACCCAAACACUGCAGUGUUUUCAAGUUGCCAGUCAGUAAUCAUAUGUCUUAAAAUCUCAAAAUAGCCCUGAGAUGUGACACAACCACAAUUACUCAAAUCCAGUUUUAGUCUCCCGUAAAGCAGUCGGUUUGCAGAGGACCCAGAAUCGAGGAGCUGUGUUUCAGUGCUCAUCAAGAGGGAAAGCCAAGCAGUAGUACUGUAGUACAGUGUGUAAAUGAUUGAAUUUCUCCCAGCUCGGCAUCUUAAAGCCUUUUGUGAAACUGUCACACGGCAGGGGAAGCCUGUGCUGCAGGCAGACGCGACCACACUGCACAGCAAACCAAUUUUCCCACAUUGCUGAGCGUAAAGCCAGCUGACCUUAUUUUGAAUGUUCAAAUCUGAACAAUUGUUUUGUUUUGUUUCACUUUACCCCAACAAGGGCUACAACAAGUUGAGUUUUGUAGUUUUUGCAUUUUAUUACUAAACAAUGGAUGAGUUAUGUCCUGAGGUGCAGAAGUGUUGAUUAUUUACAGCCUACAUCUCUAAAGUCUCCGUCAUUGUUUGUACUACAAGCCUUUGGCUGCACUGUCCCGUCCUGUUUGUUUUCCUUUUUGUGUCAGAAAUGUGUCAGUGUGUUAAUUUAGGUGCACUUUAUACAUGAUCUGUUAUUACUUCCUCUGAUAACAUAACAAAUGAAGUGACAAAAAUAUACUGAUGUUAGGUUCUUCCAAUACUUCGUUUGAAUGGCUGUAUUAUAUUACAGUACUGUAUGACAAACAGCAUUAAAUGGUUUGCAGAAGAUGAAAGUUAUUCCAGUGUGUUACAGACAGGCUGGACCACACUUGUACUGCUGCGUUUCAAUAAUAAACGAAGGCACGUGGGAUUGUU